UAGUUGACUAUCCGCUCCAGCAGAAGCGGUCCCACAAUACUUUUAGUUGCCUGUCUCUCAUGGGACGGAGGAACUGUACUAUCCCAUACUCGGAAAAUACGCUCCUUUGACAUUUCUACCAUUCGAGGAACUAGGACAGACAACUUUGAAGAGUGAUCGAACCGUCGUCGAUCUAAAUAUUAUUUCAGUCGAAUCUUGGGGAGAUCAGCUGGACCUGUCAAAAUCUCUGGCGAGAUGAGACUUCACUUGAGAAUUAACAUACCCGGUGUUCACGAGGAAGAGGAGCAUGACUGAAAUUUGAACGUAUAUCGAUUCUCUUAUCAGGACAGCCUACGAACAGCCAUGGCCCUUGAUCACACGCCGAUGUCUUCCCGUCCCUGCUGCUCCCUCCUGCUCGUCUGUCUGCUGCUGCUGCCCCUGUCCUGGGUGUCCUGUGUCCUGCCCCACCAGCCUGCGCCCCCCCACAUCCCCUCCCUGGUGGCACACACCCCGCUGCCCCUGGUGCGCUCCCGCUUCAGUGCCCAGGCCCAGCUGGACUUCACCACGCACUGCAACGCCAGCUGCUUCCACCGGGGCGAGCAGGCCAGGCGGGAGGAGCUGGCCGAGCAGCUGGCCUUCGAGACGCUCUACUCCAACGGCUCGCGCACCCUCACCGCCGUGGACCUGGACGAGGACGAGGAGGCCGACUGGAAGCCCGAGCCCGCCGUCCCCUUCUCGGCCACCGGGAGGCGUCGGGGUUCCGCCGGGCGCCGCCGGCGGCGGCAGAAGCGGCAGAUCUACGGGGCGGACGGGCGCUUCAACAUCCGCGGCGACCACUUCCUGUUGGAUUACCCGUUCUCCACGGCCGUGCGCAUCUCCACCGGGUGCACGGGGGUCCUGGUGUCCCAGCGCCACGUGCUCACCGCCGCCCACUGCGUGCACGACGGCAAGGAUUACGUCAAGGGCGCGCGCAAGCUCCGCGUGGGCUUCCUGAUCCCGCCCUCCUCCCUGGUCAACGUCACGCUGCCCAGCGCGCCCUCCAAGAAGCCCCUGGUGCGCUGGGUGCGCGUCAAGCGGACGCGCGUGCCCAAAGGGUGGAUCCAGGGGCCCCAGGAGGUCAGCAUGGACUACGACUACGCCCUGCUGGAGCUGCGCUGGCCCCACCGCCGGCCCUUCAUGCGGAUGGCCGUGGCCCCCUCGGCCCAAGACCUGGCCGGCAAGCGGAUCCACUUCUCGGGCUUCGACAGCGACCGGCCGGGCGAGCUGGUGUACCGCUUCUGCCCGGUGGAGGACGAGUCCAACGACCUGAUCUACCAGCACUGCGACGCGCGGCCGGGGGCCAGCGGAUCCGGGGUGUACGGACGCGUGUGGGACAACGGCCUGGAGCGCUGGGAGAGGAAGGUCAUCGGCAUCUUCUCUGGACACCAGUGGUUGGAGAUCGACGGGGAGAACCGGGAUUAUAAUGUGGCGGUGCGCUUCACCCCCCUCAAGUUUGCGCAGAUCUGCUAUUGGGUUCACGGGAACCAGGUGGAUUGCAGUAGAGACUGAUGGGGGACAGGAUUGGUGACGACAAAGGACAGAAAAUAGCCGUGCUUGUUGUGUUUUGUGUUUUCAGCCCAUCUGCAGUGAGUUUUAAGGUUUAAUGCGGUUUAAUGUGAUCCAUGUUAGUCUUUGGAGAACACUAUUAUCCCCUAAACUAUUUUUCUACACUUUAUUUUAAUCCAAAUUGGAUCUGAGAAUUUGACCCACGAUACCCUUGUGCCUGAUCAGGACUUUAUACUCUUUUGGUGCCCUUGCUGCAAUUCAGAAGAUUAAUGUAACAGUUUGUUUACAUUUCAUGAUGGGAUAAACUCAUUUUGAUCUUUCAAUUAAAUAUGCCCACAAUAUUGUUCUAAAACCACUGACAUUUGUGGGAAGGAAAUCUCCCACCCAUAUCAGAAUCUAUGAUGUUUUGAUGUAGAUUUUACUCACUCUGUGUUUUGAGCUACACCUGUCAUUUUGAUAUUCUGUUUCUUCUAUCUGACUCUGACUCAAUGACAUUUCACACUUCUUAUUUCAAAUUAUAAUGGUUCAUAUUCAAUUCAGCAAAUAUAGUUGCAGAGGUAUUAUGUGUGACUGCUUAAAAUGGAUAGCUUCAAAGGGCCUGGUUUUGGGGACACUUGAUGUUGGGUAUAAAAUUAUUUAAAAUGCUUCUAUUUUAAUUAAAGAUGUCUAUCUGAAA